AUGGGCCCGGACCCUGACGCGACGGCGGAGGCCGCGACGCCGCAGUCGACCCGCGCCGGGUCCGCUUCGGCGCAGAAGCGCGCCGCGCCCGCGACCGGCGACGGACAGCGCUCGAAGAGAGCCAAGUACACGCCCGUCGCAUGCAACGAGUGUAAGAAGCGGAAACUCAAGUGCAUCAAGGAAGAUCACCAGACCAUCUGCCGGCGAUGUCUCUCCAACGGCGCCGAGUGCGUCUUCGUGCCCGGACCGCAGCAGACGCCGUUGAAAGACAAGGACAGAGACGGCACGCAUGAGAGAGACGAUCUCAUUCCAUCUCAGCACAAGAACCUCAGCGACGAGGUAGCCGCCCUCCGUGAACAGGUCGCCACCCUCACAUCCUCCCUCCGCGAACUCACCGGCAAGGUCGCGCACAUCAACACGCGCUCCCCCGCCGCCCUCGGCGGCCCGCAGCACCCGAGCCCGCUCUACACCAGCGAGUCCAACCGACGGCCCAGCGAGCCGCGGGAGCCGCAGUUCGUCGGCCCGACGCGGUCGGCCUUCAGCCUGCGCAUCGCCGAGACCUCGCUCACCCGCAUGCGCAUCCAGACGGGCGACGAGGAGCCCGCGAGCAGGUCCGCGUCGCCGGCCGCGUCGCCGCAGAGGGCGUCGUCCGUGGCAUCCUCCUCGGACGAUCACGGCUCGUCCUCGUCGGGGCGGAGGAAGAACUUGGAUUGUCUGCUGACGCUGGACUUUGACGAGGUCGUGCGGUUGUUGGAUGUGUACGCGGAGGAGGUCGAGUCCGUGUACCCCUUCACGAACAUCAAGGACGUGUCGGCGAGUCUGCCGCGGAUCCUGUACUUUGCCCGGCACGGGCAGAAUCCGCCGCCCGCGGACGGUCCGGGGGUGCCGCCGGAGGAGCGGACGAAGAUCGAGGAGAAGGACGUGCAGAUUGCGAAGGUGGCGGUCGCGAUAUCGAUCGUCAUGGAGGCGCAGGGGCAGAACGCGAUCAGUACGAAGCUCAUCGACGCCGUGGAGCCGGUCGUGUGUCGGGUCUCGGGGGAGGCGUUUAUUGAUUUGAAAGAGCUGCAAAUCAUGACGAUGCUGAGUCUCUAUUGGUUUCACUGCGGCGAGGAGUUGCUGGCUUGGAGAGCCAUUGGUAUCUCCGGCCGGGAGUGCCUCGAGAUCGGGCUGCAUCGCCGCGCCAUACUUCUUGAUAACUUCAAGGAUCCCAAAAGCCGGGACUUGGCGGUCCGUUGCUUCUGGUGCGUCUACGUCUUGGACCGACGGUGGAGUUUCGGGACCAGCCUGUCGUUUGGUCUCAUUGACAGGGACAUCGAUCCCGAGUUGCCUGAACCCGGAGAGAACUACCCGUACCUGAGAUGUAUGGUAUCGUACGGAAGGCUCUGUUCCAAGGUCUGGGAGGCACUACCGCCGUUUGAAUCACCAUCCCAAUUCAUCCCCAAAGACACCGUCGCUUUUCUGGACUUCAUGACACAGAACUGGUUGAACUCCAUCCCCGAAGACCUCCAAAUACGCCACCCGCGGCUCGGCCUGGCGCCAAGGACACAACCGAGGAGCAUGCACCGCCUCCGGUCGCUCCUCUACCUGCGCGGCAACCACAUGCGCACGCUCAUCCACCGACACCACGUCCUGAGCACCGCGAGCAUUCGCGAAGACAUGCAGAGCGCUCGCCUCGUAACCGAGAUCGCCCUCGACACGAUCCAGGUCCUGGUCCACCUCAACGACACGAGCGACAUCUACGCGCGGCAGCAGCACGCCUUCAACUACUUCCUCAUGAGCGCCCUGGCGGUGAUCCUCCUCGCGGUGUGCCACGCGCCGGGCGUCUUCACCGAGCCGUGCAAGGAGAACUUCCUCAAGGCCGUGCAGCUGAUCAAGAGCUUCUCGCGGCACGGGCACGCCAGCCGCAGGCUCUGGAAGACCAUCCGCGGCCUGCUCCCGGGCAUCAAGUCGCUCGGCCUGCGCAGCGACCCGGAGAAGACGGACGCGCCGCACGCGGGGGCCGACGGUGCGGAGCAGAGCGCGGCCGAGGCGCGGUCGGACGGCGGCGGCGGCGCGCAUCAGAAUGCGGGCGUCGGCGAGAGGGAUGAGAGGAGGGUGGACGCGGCGUGGGAGGCGUAUGAGACCACUCCGCAGACGAACAGCUCGAUACCGGAUAUGUUUAACAUGGGGAACGAUCUGAUGAAUCUGUUUGACGCGUUCGGGCAUGCGAAUGCUGGGCAGCCUGCGCCUCCGGACUUUCCGGUUGGGUUCUUUGGGGUGAAUGAGCAGGGCAUGUCGUUGGGGGAUCCGGAAGAGAUAUCACGGCGCUUUCAGGGAUUGAUUUAG